AUAAAAGUCAGAAUGCUUUCUGUGUUUUCCACCAUCCUGAUGGUAUUUAAUUCGAUUGAAUUAAGUUUGCAAGGCGGAUCAGUUAGUGCAGGUCUUCAGUACCUCUUUCCAGUUGACGCACCUCUACCAAACCAAUAUUUCCACCACAUUCGUGCAGGAGACAUCGUUUCUACGAAGAUUCAAGGUAACCACUAUGUUGAUUAUGGAGUACUGUUUAAAAAAUCUAGUGACGAGUGGGAUACAUGGUUUAAAAGUAAUACUAGACUUACUACCGGACCGGAUCGCCUCUAUUUGAGGGUUGUCGCGAAUCACGGGAAAGCAAAGUAUAAGAAUGAAUUCGCUGCAGUCACCCGACAUCGAGAACAGAAAUAUGGACCAGUUGAUGAAGAAACAAUGUCCAUGCUUUUCAUAAAAUCCCAAGAUUAUAUUUUCUAUGCAAUUCUAUCAGACAAACCGAAGACGGACGAAUCCCUUAGUGCAGUCCAUGUGACGGAUGAAUAUCAGCACAAUCGGUAUGAAAAAUAUUUUGGGGCGCUCAAGGUUUGGAACCCAAAACACUCUCUUCCUCAGUGGGUUCUAACUGAACACCGCGAUUGGUUAAACUAA